GUCAUCACGGAUGCGACAGCAAUCUCGUUACGCAGUUGUCUGAGUGGUUAGAUUUCUUGUGUUUUUGGUUUUUAGUUGAAUAUAACCCGGUUAUAACGGACCAUCUGAGGACCAGCAGAGACCGGCAGAGUUCAGGACCCGGACCAGUCCUGUGUGACCACGAUCAGACCGCAGUCCGGACCCGUGGCGCACUUUGUUUGGCUCUACAGCUAACUGUUAGCAUCGUUAGCUCCGAUUAGCGGUGUGUGUUUGAUUUGUGUCUCACCGAUGGAGUAUCCCGGUGGAGGAGGGGGUGCGGUGCUGGGCGGCGGUAACGUCCCGGCCUUCCUCACCAAACUGUGGACCCUGGUGGAGGACCCGGACACCGACCCGCUCAUCUGCUGGAGCCCGAGUGGAACCAGUUUCCAUGUGUUCGAUCAGGGUCGAUUCUCUAAAGAAGUUUUACCAAAGUUCUUCAAACACAACAACAUGGCGAGUUUCAUCCGACAGCUCAACAUGUACGGGUUCCGUAAGGUGGUCCACAUUGAACAGGGGGGUUUGGUGAAACCAGAACGAGACGACACCGAGUUCCAACAUCCGUUCUUCAUCAGAGGACAAGAACACCUGCUGGAGAACAUCAAACGCAAGGUCACCAAUGUGUCAUCUGUGCGUCAGGAGGAAGUGAAGAUGUCAGCAGAGGAUGUGAACAAGAUCCUGAGCGACGUCCAGCUGAUGAAGGGGAAACAGGAAACCAUUGACUCGAGGAUUAUCACCAUGAAACAUGAGAACGAGGCUCUGUGGAGAGAAGUGGCCAGUCUGAGACAGAAACACGCUCAGCAACAGAAGGUCGUCAACAAGUUGAUCCAGUUCCUGGUGUCUCUGGUUCAGUCCAAUAGGAUGUUGGGAGUCAAGAGAAAACUACCUCUGAUGCUCAAUGACUCUAGCUCCGCCCACUCCAUGCCCAAAUACAGUCGACCGCUCUCAUUGGAGCACAUGCAGGCUGCAGCCAGUCUGUUCUCUGCAGACGCUGCGCUGACCUCUGGACCAAUCAUCUCUGACAUCACAGACCUGACCACGCCCCCAGCUGACAGUGUCAUCAGUGAUUGGACGGAUGCAGGAGACAGUCAAUCAGUGAAUGUCAAAGAGGAGCCCUCCAGUCCUGAGGUGGAGGUGUGUCCUGUUCUGGAGGGUGUGACUACACCUGUGGACACGCCUCUCUCCCCCACCACUUUCAUCAACUCCAUCCUACAGGAUAACGAGAUGCCAAUUAACACCUCCACCCCCACCACACCUCCAACAGGUAACACCACACCUCCACCACACCUUCAGCAGGUAACACCACACCUCUACCACACCUCCACCCCACCACACCUCCAACAGGUAACACCACACCUCCACCCCACCACACCUCCAACAGGUAACACCACACCUCCACCCCCACCUCAGAUGUGUUAUUAAACCCCCUGUGCUUCCCUCAGACCCCGCCCCCCUCCCUCUGCAGGUGGAUUCUCACCUGACGUUUGGCGCCUCGUGUCAACACGAGCUGACAAGUCUGAACUGUCCAAUCACGUCGACAGUAUCGACAGCAGUCUAGAAAACCUGCAGAGCAUCCUGAACACGCAAGCCUUCACCUUCGACACGUCUCCGCUCAUGGAGUUUUUCAGUACCUCCUGUCCCUCCGGAGACUUUGACCUUGACAGUCUGGACUCUCUGCUGUCUGAAGAUGUUCCCAAUGGAGAUGACGGAAACACAAAUGCCACCAACGCAGGGAAGCAGCUGGUGCAGUAUACUGCCACACCUGCGCUGAUGUCCGAACCAGCAGGCGCAGGUGAGGGCGGGGCUGACCUGCCCUCCCUGCUGGAGCUGGAGGCGGAGCCUUUCUUCGGCUCUGAACUGCCCACUGACGACCCCGACGCCGCUCUGCUAAGCCACACCCACCUGAACUCUGAUCUCUGACAUCACCGGGAGGGGGCGGGGCGUGGAAUGUGACUGAGCAGUGACUCAGCAGCAGCAAUAGAUGAUGAUGAUGAUGAUGAUGAUGAUGAUGAUGAAGUCAAUCGAUCAGCUGUAGAUCAAUUAGUAGAUCAAAAGUCAUGUUUUUAUUCUUCUCUUUCUGUUUUUAUUUUAUUAGCUUUACGUUCUUCUUCGCUGCUUUGAGUAAACGCUGUCCUCAGAGUGCCAGGCUGUGACGUCACAGCCCAGGUGUUCUCUGCGCUGUGCAUGCUGACGUCUUUGAUUUCAUGUGUAAAAUAUAAACAAAUAAACAAACAUAUUUUUGGAGAGUUUAUUAUUGAUGAGUCGUGUUGACUCAGCAGUGACCCCUGUUACCAUGGAGAUGACCUGGAAGCAGACAGACAUGUAUUGAUCAGCUGUGAUGUCAUUGAUCCACAUUAAACACAGCUUGUUUCUUAGUGUC